AGCGACGUUCUUCAUUAUAUUGGUACUAUGGAAAUAACAGCUUUAUUACUAGUUUUAUAUUUUAAAAUUUAUUUUAUUAAAAGAAAUAAUAUUAACUUUUACUUUACUUACUACAAGGUUAAUUCCGUUAAUUCUGUUAAUUCCGUAAAAACCAAUUCCCAACAAAUUAACACAGUAGCGAUUUCAAAUGAUUCUUAG